GAACUAAACUGGACUGUCUUCAUGAAACAGUUUGUUGAGUUAAUGGGUUGGAAGUCAGAAAAGGCAUUGCAUUGUGCUCAACACUGUACCGAUAACCACAAAACAUGGCAGCUCAUAAAUGCAUUUCAUUUUGGCUCGAUGAUGGAACUGGUCCGGCCAUAUGUCAUAGACUGUCUUGAAAAGAGUCUUGACUGUACUGCUCAUGGUUUCAUUUCGUUCGUGAAGCAAUAUGACAAGACUCAAUGCAAUGUCAAUUUUAUGUAUUUAUUUGAAAUGGUUUGCAAGUACUCACAAGGAAUAAUAAAUUUACGUGCUGCUGUAAGGCGAAAUAAUCCUCAGUUGUUGAUGUCAGCAAAAUGGAUGACGAAAGAACUUUUUCAUGGGAGGAAUCAUCCUAAGUACCAAGAAAUAGAGAUCUACGAAACUUUUAUACGUCGAAUUUUGCCCGAUGUUUUGAAACAGUUUUUUGAACAAUUUUGCAGUUUGUCAAAGUCUGGAAACAAAAGCAAAGGUCAAGGCUUAGAUUUUCUGCUUGAAGAAGAAAACAAAAAUGUGAAGGGAUAUGGCUGAAAAGAGGAGUUCCAAGUAAUGAAUCGUGGUUAGCCACUUGUCGGAAUCAUCAAUCUCUAAAAAAUUUGAAGAAAAAUGUUUUAGCUCAGGCUGGUGUAGAAUCACUCGAAUGUAAUGACAGAGAAUUGAAAAUUGAAAGUGCAAUCAAGGAAUGGAGAUGUCAUUUGAGGGAAUCAAAGUAUAUUGAAUCAGAUAGCCAUGGACCAGUACUUACAUCCCUAAGUGGACAUGUGUUAUGUCAGGAACUGGUGAAUUUUACGACAGAAGCAAAUCGAAAGAGAUCGUAUAGAAUAUUGGAUAUGAUACUUCAUCAAACUCCCCCGAAUGAUCCAACUUUACAUCAUCCGGUGUACAUCACGGUGGAUGAACGAGACAAAUUUUCGGCUGAUUCGGCGCUCUCGGUUCAAGAAAUCGACAACAAAAUUUUAGAUAUCAUUGAACUUCUACAUGAAAACUCUAAAAAAGACUUUAUGGAGCUAUUUGACAGACUUAUAACAGUUAAAUCAAAUUUGAAAGAGCAUCAUUUAAUAUUUUUGGAAGAAGUAUCACAGGCGGUAGCCCAACAGUUGCCAACCAUCAACGAAGAGCAUGUUCCAUUUCUUAAUGAGGCAGACAUGGAUCAGGACUAGAUUUGUUUAAAGCAGAUAAGUUAUUGGAUGAGUAUGAUCUAACCAGUCCAAGUGACAAUCUUCUAGUUCUACAAGAUCUGAUCCUUGGAGGUGAGAGAGACCAUGGUGAUGGUCAUUAUCCUUCACAAGAAUCAUCAUCUUGUAACAUACAAGCAUCUGGUACUGGGCAUGGCGAAGAAGAGAGGCAGUCACCAGUUAUACCAUGGAGCAUACAUAGUAUGGAAUCGCUCACAAGCAUGACAGAUGAAAAUGAACAUGAUGAUACCCCGGCAAUUAACCCUGAACUCUAUUUGCAGAAGUUUCCAGCCCCUGACAUAACAUUUGAUGGAGAGGACGAGAGGUUGCUGACUGUUACCUUGCAGAGCACUGAUGAUGUUCCACAACCACACCAAACCAUGCAAACGGAAGAUGAUGAGACAUUCACUGUCACUUCUCCUGCAGCUGAUGAUGUUCCACAACCACACCAAACAGAAGAUGAUGAGACAUUCAGUGUCACUACUCCUGCAGCUAAAAAGAUAAGAGACAAAGACAGUGGAAAAUUUGUCCGAAAGAAAACGGGGACAGACACAGACUUCAAGAGAAGACAAAAAGAUGUAGAGAGGAAAAGACUGAGUAGGGGACUGAAAGUGUUCGAAAAGAUGGCAGCAUUUGCCAAUGAUAAUGAAGAUGUACAAUAUUUUGCAGUCAUUAAAAAGGGUGAAGAAGUACAUUUUUCUGGAAGUGAAGAUAUGGUAAAGAACUUCAAAGAAAAUAAAAACAUUCUUAAUUUCACAGACUCUAUGAUCGAGACCAGAGAGGAAUCUAUUCUACAAAAAAUCAUCAAAGCAAAAAUCAAAGAAAAUGUGGUACAGCCAUCACCAUAUAAAGGAGCCCAUGGCACUGGUUUGGGUUUCCUGCCAGGAUGUUCUAAAAUACCACCCAAGGAUCUACAGCAUCUUGAGCUUACGAAAAUGACGCCAACAAGCGGAGAGGAUUUGGUUGCCAUAUCUAAAGACACAGUUAUGAAUCUAAAGUCGAGGAUUUUCCUUAGGGAAAAAAGAAACCAGUAAAACGAAGACUAGCAGAACUUGAAGGAACACCAGAGACAGACACGACAGAGGAAACCGGAUCAGGAAAGAAACAGGGAAGAGGGAGAGGAAGAGGCAAAGGCCGGGGAAGAGGCAAAAAACAUUAGACAUGAUAGAUUU